CAUAUGUUAUGCUCUUUGUCUGGGCCUCGAUAUCUGCCAUCUCGACUUGUCGAGGUACAGCCCCAAGAUUCCGGUCUUCACCUGAAGCUUGUUCGAGGAGAGAACCUGAAUCCAGAUGCAAAGUACACAGCUUUGAGUUACUGUUGGGGUAACGAUUCGGAAGUCUUGCUCGCCAAGGCUCUCAAAACAGAAAAUCUCGAGUCUUACGAGACUGAAAUUCCCUGGGAAACUCUCCCUCAGACGUUGCAAGACGCCGCAGUGACAACACACAGGCUCGGAAUGCACUUUGUCUGGGUCGACUCCCUAUGCAUCAUUCAAGAUGAUGACAACGACAAGGUCAAGGAGAUAGCCCAGAUGGCCCAGGUCUACAGCCAUGCAACACUGACGAUCAUGGUUAAUCGAGCUGCUCGAGCCAGUGAUGGCUUCCUGCAUCAGAGAUCACCCCCCCUUGGAACAAGUAACCUCCUCUUCCGCAGCCCCGAUGGUACAGAAGGAUGGGUUUCGCUAUACUUCAAACACGAAUUCUGGCAUGAAGAAAAAAGCAAGCUAGACAAGCGCGGAUGGGCGAUGCAAGAGCAUCUUCUCUCCCGCCGUACACUUGAGAUUGGGACUUAUAUGACGGAAUGGUCUUGCCGAACGGAACGCGGUCUGCCAAGCCAUAGUGACGGGUGGUCGAAUGAUCGACUUACUCGGGGUUUUGGAUCUCCCUUCCAGAAUGCGAGACGGAGAUGGUCCGCAGAUGAUGUUCUUGAUACAUGGGAGAUGGUUGUCAAAGCGUACUGCGACCGCUCUUUAUCUCUCCCGACAGACAAGAUCCUCGCCAUAUCAGGGAUCGCGGAGAGAUUUGCAUCCUCUACCCCCGGCAUUGGGCGAUACGCAGCAGGUUUGUGGGAAGAAGGCCUUCCAACAUCGCUUAUGUGGCAAACGUGGGAUCCGAGUCCCUCGCGACCAACAGAAUACCAAGGGCCGUCUUGGUCCUGGACCGCCAUACGUUCAAGAAUC